AUGUCUGAAAUAACCAUUACGUAUACUGGUGAUACGAGCAAUGCUGCAAAAUCAGUCAGCUAUGAUGCCAAUCACCCUUAUCAUCUCAACAACUCUGAUUCACCUGGAAUGACUCUAGUCAACACUAUGUUUGAUGGAAGAGGAUACCCAGGGUGGAGGAGAUCUAUUCUCCUGUCUUUGUCAGCCAAGAAGAAACUUGGUUUCAUCAAUGGAGCAUGUCUAUCUCCAGAUCUGAAAUCUCCAGACCAUGAACAAUGGAGUUGUGUGAAUGACAUGGUCAUCUCUUGGAUCCUAAAUGCUCUCUCAAAGGAUAUUGCAGAUAGUAGAUUUGGGAGAUCAAAUGGAGCCAAGCUUUAUCAUCUGCAGAAGGAGUUAUCAGGUUUAGUACAGGGAAACAGUGACAUUGCAGCAUACUUCACUAAGCUCAAACGACUGUGGGAUGAAUUAGAUGCUUUAAAUGUUAUCAUAUAUUGUUCAUGUGUUUGUGUUUGUGAAGGAAAGACAAAGUUGACUAAGUCUCUUGAGGAUCAGAGAUUGAUCCAAUUCCUAAUGGGAUUAAAUGACAUCCAUGCACAAGCAAGAGGAAAUAUCCUCAUGAUGAACCCUUUGCCUAGCAUGGAUGUUGCUUAUUCACUUCUCUUGCAGGAUGAAAAUCAAAGAGAAGUUUAUGCAAAUGCACAUUUUAAUUCUGAAUCAGUAUCAUUCAUGGCAGCUGGAGAGGCCAAGCAGCCUAAUUCACAACUUCUAGCUGAUUUUGCAGCUUUUAUGAUCACAGGACAAGGAAAAAAUUAUCAGAAACUUAGAAGCCAAACACAAAGAGGAGCAGCCAUAUCACCCAAAUAUAACAACUCAGGGCAAAAGUUUUUUAAACUUCAGCAAAGGUUUAAAGGGAAAAAGAAGUACAAUCCAAAUGUGUCUUGUACUUAUUGUGGAAAAGCAAGACAUACACAAGAGGAUUGCUAUAGAAUUAUUGGAUUUUCAGAAGAUUUUGAGUUCACCAAUCACAAAGGUCAGCAGACUCAAAUUAAAGAAAAUGCAGUCCUAAUACAUGAGGAACGUGAGAAUUCAGCAGGACAAAGCACUGAGCUCAACAACAGUAAUUUUGGACAGCAACUCAGCAAGGAACAAAUUGCAGAAAUGAUGCACAUGUAUAAGCAGGCAAAGUUAGCACAAGCAGGAAAUACAGGAAUCAAUGCUAAUGCAGUUGCUGGUACUAUUCUAAAAUACUCAGGUUCAGUAUUUACUAGUCUAAAAUUAGACACCUGGAUCAUUGAUUCCGGUGACUCAGAGCAUAUGUGUUUUGAUCCCAAUUCUUUCCUGUUUCUAACUCCACUUCCUGUACCUUUGAAUAUCAGUUUACCUAACUCUUUCAAGGUGAUUGUUACUCAUAUAGGGAGUAUUUCUAUUCUGCCAGGUAAUAUCCUGAACAAUAUGUUACAUGUUCCAGAUUUCAAAUAUAACUUAUUAUCAGUUAAUAGGUUUUGUGUUCAAUUCAAGUAUGAUGUCCUAUUCACAUCUAUUGGGUGUGUGUUGCAGGGCCUUUUAAUGAAGAGUCCACAAGUUUUUGGUGAAGUUAGAGAGGGACUCUACUUAUUGGAACUAAGUAGCCUUAAGUCUAAGGGGCUAUUCAGUAGUAAUGUACCUUCAAUUCCGAAAGAAAGAAAUUCUGUUUCAAAGUCUGUUUCUUUUUGUAGUCCAGUUCAAGUUAAUAGUACUCCUGAUGUUAAACUUUGGCAUGUAAGAUUGGGACACCUUCCAUUUUCAGCAAUGAAACAUUUAGAUUUCCUUCAUUGUAAGCCAAAUUUUGAGUUUAUCUGUGAUGUUUGUCAUAAGGCUAAGCAAACCAGGAAUCCUUUUCCUAUCGUAGCAUAA